GUCCAGGAGGGGCCCAGCGAGCCAGCGAGAUGCACAAUGCCGUCCCCAGACAUGUUACUGGCUGCUGUUCACACCGCCUACCCUAGACAGAGUUAUGAUUCAGACCGCGGAGACAGACCUUAGACGCACACACCAUACGACUUUAUAGAGAGAGAGUGAAACUGAGGCUUUUUUAAGGGGGUGGGGUGUAAAAAACAAAAAAAACCCAAACCAGCUUCCCUGGAAGAUCAGGCCACAAAGCUACAAGGAAAUCUUGGCUGAUUCCCCAGCAGAUGUGCCAGGCAACCUCCUCCUCUCUGUGACCUUCGCUGAGAGCGCCUCUCCCGCUUUGGUGAUAAGAGGCAAAACUUUCUUGUGCGCUCUUCUUGUCCUGUUUCUCCCCUGUCGCUUUGACUGCCUCUCUCUGGCGUGGCUCGCCAUGAAGAUCUGCCUUGUGCUGUUGGGUGUGCUCUGCGCAGCCCGAGGGGACGCUUUUGCAGGCGGGAUCUGCUGGCUGCAGCAAGGGCGGGAUGCCAAAUGCACCAUGAUCGUCCGGACCGGCGUGACUUGGGAGGAAUGCUGUGCCAACGGCAGCACGGACAUGGCCUGGUCAAACGCCUCUCACCCAGACAACAAGAUCAGCCUUAUGAGGAUCCUGGGACUUGUGACCUGCCACCCUUGCAAAGAGACCUGUGAAGGUGUGGAUUGCGGGCCGGGGAAAGUCUGCAAAAUGAGAUACGGGCGCCCGCAUUGCAUAUGCGCUCCGGAUUGCUCCAACUUCUCCCGCAUGCUUCAGGUGUGUGGCUCGGAUGGCUUCACCUACCGAAACGAAUGUGAGCUUCUAACGGCCAAGUGUCGAGGGCACCCGGACCUGGAAGUGAUGUACCAAGGCCGAUGUAAAAAAUCGUGUUCCAGCGUUGUCUGCCCGGGAACCCACACGUGUGUUGUGGACCAGACCGCGAGUGCCCACUGUGUGAUGUGCAGAGCCACCCCAUGUCCGGAGCCCACCGCUGUAGACCACGCCAUCUGCGGGAACAACAACAUCACUUACCCUUCCACCUGCCACCUCCGGCGGGCCACCUGCUUCCUGGGGAGGUCCAUCGGGGUCCGGCAUUAUGGAAGCUGUGCAGCCCUGAACAAAUACCAAUACCCCCUGGAUGCAGACGAAGCUGAAGAAAACUACAUCUAAGCCUGCUUCUGUUGCUUGCCAAACUCCCUACAUGCUGGGGCAUUAUCUGUAAGAAUGUACAGACUGCAUAUUUCUGAUAUUUAUUAAGAACCAAAAGAAAGAAACCUUAUUUAUAUAUAAUAGACAGAGAUGUUGGUCGAUGCCACCUAGAUCUGUCCGUCCCAGGUUUUUCCAAAGCCCUCAGCUGCAGAAUUUUCCUCCAAAAGUGCGGAGCAGAUCUACUCCCCGGGAGCAAGGGGGAAGCCACGCUCGCAGUUCUUGAGGUCUUGCAGCUUAGCAUAAAUCAACAGAGGGAAUUCGGCCCCUACAACCAGGGCAACCUCUCUGGAUCUUUGGAAGGCCCUCAGCCUCUGAAUGCAUUUACUUGUCCACUCUCUGUCUGACUAGCUUCCCGCCACCUUUCUUGCCCCCGGGCUCUGCGUUUCAACCUUUUCCCUCCACUCUUUACCUUCUGUUUGCCACCGUGCAUCCAUGUUACCUCCCUUCCGCUUUUUCCACUUCCCUUCUGGGGCGUCAGCCCUCAUCCUCCCUCCCUGCCAAGCCCCUACCCGCCCUUCUAAAAGCACGCAGCCCCUCCUGCCAGUAUGCCUGUGCGAGGGAUUUCUCCUCUCAGCCAAGCCAACCUUUCAGCCCGCUCACUGAAGCUGCACUGUUGGUUAAGAUUCCAUUGCUGACGUUUCCCACGCACCAGUUACAAUACUCUCAAAUAUCCCAUGACAUCACAGAGAUUCAGCAAAUAGACAUGGAUACGGGAUGGGGGGUGGGAAAUGAGAUCUGCUGUUGUCACCCAGACAAUUUCCAGUUUUUAGCCUGUUUUAAUAUACAUAUAAAUAAUUUAAAUUCACUGCUUAGGUCACUGAGUGCCUUGUAAGCUCUUUCUUCAACAUGUUUUUUUUUAUUGUUUCUCCUCUGACUACGUUUUAAAAAGCGUAUUUUCUAUGUUUCGUAUGCUUGUGUAUGCUCUUUUUACACCUUUUAGUUGUCAGGUAGGGCUAAUUAUUUUUUAUUAAUAAUUAUUACAUCAAUAUUCCACCUUUCCUCCAAGGAGUUCCACGGGCGUUGUUCCUGCCGGGAUUAUAUCUUCUUAACAAUCCCGUUGAGUUUUAAGAUUAGCAGAGAGGGUCAUUCACUUAGGCACGGGGGAAGAAAUUUCAUUCAGUCCUCGUUCAAAUUUCAUUCAGUCCUGAUUGCCGCCCUGGGCUCCUACUGGGAGAAAGGGCGGGAUAUAAAUCUAACAAAUAAAUAAUAAUAAUAAUAAUUCAAAGCUGAAUCUAUGAAAUUCACACUUUCCAAAAUGAGAAUUGAAAGGCAGCAAUCCGUCGAAAUCCGCUCUUCUCCAAAUUUUGCAAUGUCGUGGGCCAACCGCACCAUAUUUACACAAAUGCAUAUAUUAGAGGAAAGGGUGCAUAAAAUGAAUUGUUAUAUGCCUUCCAAGUCCAUUACGACUUAGGAAUCUAUAAAAAUGAAUACCUGAGUGAAAAUAACAUGCAACUAUGUAUGUUGCAAACCGGUGCAAACACCCCUGUGAUAAAACAAUCUGUUUUUAAGAUGUUUGCAAAGAUGUUUUUGUUUUUAAGAUUUUUUUUUAGAAGAAAUUUAUAGUGUUUUAUCACUUCUUGUUUGCCACCCUGGGCUCCCUUUGGGAGGAAGGGCGGGAUAUAAGUUUAAUAAAUAAAU